AUGGUGCUGGUCGGGAGAACCGGAGUUGGGAAGAGCGCAUCAGGAAACACCAUCUUAGGGAGAAAAGCCUUCGAGUCCACAUCCUGUUUCUCUUCAGUGACGUCACAGUGUCAGAAGGAAACGGGAGAGUUUGGGGGUCAGACUCUGGCUGUGGUCGAUACUCCAGGUCUGUUUGACACCAAAAUGCCUGAAGAGCAGGUGAAGAGAGAGAUUGCUAGAUGCAUCUCCUUCGCUUCUCCUGGUCCUCACGUGUUCCUGGUUGUGAUCCAGGUGGGCAGGUUCACCAAAGAAGAACAAGAAACAGUGAAGAUCCUCCAGGAGAUGUUUGGAGACAAAGCAGCAGCUUUCACCAUGGCCUUGUUAACCCACGGAGACAACCUGGAUGCAGAUGGAGUCGACUUGGAGAUGCUAAUUACCGGAAACGAAGCCCUGCACCGCUUCGUCCGUCAGUGUCAUGGAGGAUAUCAUGUUUUUAACAACAGAAAAGAGGAUCCCUCUCAGGUCACAGAGCUGCUGAAGAAGGUCAACACCAUGGUCCAGAGAAACCGAGGACGCUGCUACAUCAAUGAGAUGUUCAUAGUGGUCGAGAGAGCCAUCAGAGAGGAGAAGGCGACUCUUCUGAGAGAUUAUCCAGGCAUGGCAGAAGAAGAAGCGAGAAGACGAGCAGAGAGGAAGAACCAGUUCCUGAAGGGCGUUGGGAUAGGAGCGGGUGUUGGGAGCGUGCUGGGCCCUCUGGGAGCAGCAGUGGGAGCAGCAGUGGGAGCUACAGCUGUAGCCAUAAAACGUGGGGAGUGCGUCAUACUGUGA